AUGAAGGGAAAUGGAAAGUCACAAUGGGGAAUUCUGAAUCCCGUAACCUCAGAUGGCCUUGUUGAUAGUAAGUACCCUGGAUUAUUACUGAUGAAAACCUCACCUGCCAGCAGUUGCCACAGCCUCCAACAGUGUGUGCAGCUGAAACCCUCACACCACGACAAGGACCUGAUCAUCAUGUCAGACGACCACUUAUGCUAUGAAGGGAUCCCUUUCCCACGGGUCUUCUGCAGUCCUGAAAUCCUCAGAAAAGCACGAGAAGAGUUUGUCAUGAAGGAUGAAGAUGUGGUAACAGUGACUUUCCUCAAAUCAGAAACAAACUGGUUGGUUGAGAUCCUCCACCUGAUUCACUCCAAGUGGGAUACCAAGUGGGUUCAGUCUGUUCCCAUCUGGGAACGCUCAACCUGGCUAGAGACUGAGGCUGGGUUUGCAUUAGCGAAUAAGAAGGAGGAGCCCACGUUUGCUCACCUCCCGCCUCCCCAUCCAUCUCUUCCCCAAGUCUUUCUUCAGUUCCAAGGCCAAGGUGAUUUAUGUCGUGAGAAAUCCCAAAGAUGUUAUUGUAUCCACUUAUUUUUUCUGGAAUUCAAUCAUUUGGAUUAAGAAACCAAAGUCAGUGGAGCAAUGUCUUGAAUGGUUGGUGGAAGGAAAAUGUGGGGGUGCUGCAAAAUAAGGAUGCUAGGGAGCGCGCGGAGUCCGUUCUCCGAACUCACCUGACACCCACUUUGUAUCCACAUCUCACCAGCCCAGGGCUACAACGCUCUGUCACCGCUGGAACCCAAAUCUGCAAAGUCCACCUACUAUCCUAAGUGGGAGCAGAACUCUAGCCAGCCCCUCGGAUGUCCCUGAUAAACCGUCAGCGCUGGGUUGGUGGGCAUUUAGCUUGUUUCCACAUUUUGGUGAUUGUAAUUGAGCUGCAGAAAAACAAUCUAGUGGAAAUGUCCUUAGGAUAAAAUGAACUUUUUCUUCUGAGUAGAUGCCCAGUAAUGGGAUUGCAGAA